AUGUAUAAUGCGCUCUCUGGCUUGGGCGGCUCUGGACAGGUUGACGAAACGGUUGCCGCAAAUGCCAAUGUUGCUCUUCUUUCGGCGACUGCCGCGACUGCGCUAUUUGUUGUAGGCCCGAUAUUUUCCAUUAUCGGGCCUCGCGCUUGCUGGCUGGUGGGCGGGUGGACAUAUGCCCUCUACAGUGCCAGCUUGCUCAAUUUCAAUAGUAAGCAGGGCUGGCUUCCGCUUUACCAAUAUGGCGUCACUUACAUACCCAGCACAGUUCGAAACAACGGCAGUUUUGUCAUCGCUUCUGGCGCAAUUCUAGGUGUUGGCGCUUCGUUCUUAUGGGUUGCACAAGGAGCGAUCAUGACGACAUACGUGCCUGAGUCACAAAAAGGACGGGCAAUUGCCAUAUUCUGGAUUAUUUUCAACCUCGGUGGAAUGAUUGGAUCCCUUGUUAGCUUUGGCUUGAAUUUCUAUUCCACAUCGGGGACAGUUUCAAACAGCACAUAUAUUGCCACUAUGGCAAUCAUGCUUUUUGGCUGGGUGAUCGGAGUUUUCAUCUGCCCACCAACGCGCAUCGAACUGCUACAGCUCAAGGAAGCUGAAGAUGAGAUUGUCCAACAAUCUUUAGCGGACAAAGCCCGUACCAUCGCCAACACCCUUUUUAACUACAGGAUUCUCUGCAUUCUACCGCUUUUUUUUUGCGCUAAUGUCUUCUACUCCUAUCAGCAAAACAGUGUGAACGGCACCACUUUUAACAUUCGUACGCGCUCCCUUAACUCUGCUAUAUACUGGAUGGCUCAAAUGUUCGGGGGCCUCUUCAUGGGCGAGGUGCUUGAUGUGCGCCUGCUUCACAGGCGCCACCGCGCUUGGUUAGGCUGGGCCAUUCUUAUGGUCACGGGUAUGGUAAUCUGGGGUGGAGGCUACUCCUUUCAGCUCUGGCAGGAUAAGCGGCUUGCUCGUGGCCUGAGGCAAAAUAUCGACUAUUCUAUCAACGCGGACAUCGCAGUGGGCCCGAUAUUCCUAUAUUUCUUUUAUGGCAUGUACGAUGCUCUGUGGCAAUCGUUUUGCUACUGGCUGAUUGGGACCAUGUCGAAUUCAGCAGCUAUUACAGCCGUCUUGGUUGGUGCGUAUAAGACGUUCCAAGCUGCCGGGGGUGCCAUGGCGUGGAGGAUCAAUGCGCUGCAUAAACCCCCGAUGACCCAGCUGGCGAUGGACUGGGGAUUGUGCAUCGGAUCACUGGUGAUAGCAAUCCCGACCGUAUGGUCCGUGACGUUGACUAGCGUCAACGUUGCGGCGCUGGCUGAUGAUAAACUUCAUGAGGACGGCACCGAUGAAAAGCUGUGA